UCGAUUCAACUCAGAUCAAGCAAUUCAAGAUAUUAACAUUUCCCCCACUGCCUUCUUCAUCAACAUCAUCAUUUAACCAUGUCAGGGUACAAUAAGAAGGCCGUGGCUGUCCUCUUCUGCAUGGCAUUGAUACUCAUGCAGACCAGCUUCGCCGUGGCCGACGACUCCGCCGCCAGCUCUGCUGCUGCUGCUCCGUCGCCCGACGAGGCGUCGGCGAAGAAAGCAGCCGAUUCGGAUAAAUUCUCUUUCGAUCGCACGUCCAUGUGCUGCAACAAACUGAUCACGCUCUGCUGCGACAAGACUGCCAACCAGAUGACUGAUAGCUCCGCUCCAGCUCCCUCCAUUGUCUAGCGAUCAUCGUCGUCGCCGCCAUCUGCAUCGAUGCAUCGCCUAUGUGCAUUCAUAUGCAUUCGAUCAUAUACAUAAAUUUUUAUGGAUAUGAAUCCAAAGAUUGUUGUGAUUCCUUAACUUUGUAGUGUGUAGGCAUACAAAUUUAUAUAUAUGUAUAGAGAGACAGAGAGAUGAAAUCCCUGUAGUUAAGUUCUGUUUUGUUCAACUUCUCAAUAUGAUAACCUAAUAAAUAAAAUUUAAAACUUUCUAAAAUCUGACGUUUGUGAACUCUGUUGCUUCUAUUUUUGUUAUGAACAACUCUUUAUGAUUGAGAAUUGAAAUGGGCAAUGAAGAAAAUGAUUGAAGUUCAAAAGUGGGUAAUUAAUAAAAAAAAUUUAUGUAC